CUGAUUUAAGCUUUAAGUCUUGUAUUUCCUAUUUUACAAAAAGAAACAUUAAUACUGUAAAAAUUACUUGAACGAAUGAAAAGGCUACAAUAACUGUAGCUUGUUAAUAAGGAUAUUUGAAGAGAAAAAUCAUUUGAUGAGGCAAACACUUACAGGGACAUAUUUUGAUAAGGUCACCAAUGACCCGUCCAUACUAAACAAUUCUCUAAAAAAAUUCAACCUGCUUGCUCAUUGUACAGAACUUAGAAACACUUAUCAAACAUGCUUUCGUUUUACGGUUGAGGUGGUAUUAGGGAUUUGUGAUGACUUCAUUAGCCAGUUUUUUUCGAAAAAAAUUAAAAGCAAUUUAUAUACCUGGCUAUUGCCAGCGCGAAUGUCGACUUGAUAAAAAAACAGGCAUUAAAAAAUUUAUUAAAAUGACUCUGUAUGUUGACUACGUCUCGUGCUAAUUAAUUACAAAGCAUACUACAGUUUAUUGUUUACUAAAUAGUUUUACAAAUUUUUGUUUUCAGUCUCAGAAGUAUGCACAACACUGAGUUGCUUAAAAACUGUGCAAAGAGCUGUUGGUUUUAGCAUGUGAAACUCUUUCAUUUUGGUCAAUUAGCAAAUGUGACAUUUUUGACCCAGCUUGCAACACUAGUUGUCCCAGGUAGAAUUUAACUGAUUUCUGUAUAAACCUCAUUUGUUUAACCUUCCUAGUAAAUUAACGACAGAUGGAACAAGCAGAAAUGAUGUCACCUACUAGAGAACGUUUGUUUCGUGCUUGUAAGUCUCCUCUCAAAGGUGUCAAACUAAGUCCUAAUGAUACUGGAAAACCACAACUCAAUGGUGAUAUUGCACUAUUACAAACGAAAAAGAAGAAAGCAAAAAGACAUAGCUUUGGAGUUAAGAAAGAAGACAAAAAUAUAGCUGGAGAUUUAUUAGAAAAGUUCCCGCUUAUCAAGAAUAAUUUUCAAAUUGUGAAGAAAGUGGGAGAAGGUACAUUCAGUAAAGUCUAUUUGGCAAGUUUCAAUGAAGAUUCAACUGAAAUGAUUGCAUUGAAACAUCUGGUGCCAACAAGUUCACCUGGCAGGAUUGAAAUUGAGUUGAAUUGCUUGCAAACGCUUGGCGGCACCAACAACGUCCUUGCUGUCAAAAGUGUGUUGCGCAAUGAUGAUCAUAUUGUUUUUAUACUACCAUACUUUCCACAUACAAAAUUUGCGGAUUUUGUGCGUAGUAUGACAUUGAAUGAUGUCAGAAAUUACAUGCAUAAUUUAUUUAUCGCAUUGAAGCAUGUGCAUCGUCAGCAGAUUAUCCAUCGUGAUGUCAAACCUAGUAAUUUCUUGUACUGUAAAGAACAAAACAGGUAUUCCUUAAUUGAUUUUGGUCUUGCGAUGCCAGUACCAGGAAGCAAAUCCAGCUUGUUAACAGAUUACACUUCAAACGCGUCUUCUCGCUCACUUCGUGUCGCGGCAGCUAACCAGAAGAGUAGAUCGUCGUCAUCAAACGCAUGCAAACAUCCCAACAACCAUAUAUGUAGUAUCUGUAAAGCGAGGUCUCGACAAAGUGUACCUAGAGCUGGAACGCCUGGGUUUAGAUCUCCUGAAGUUCUGUUGCGUUACCCUCAUCAAACUACAGCUGUCGACAUGUGGUCAGCUGGAGUGAUUCUAUUAUGUAUAUUAAGUGGGAGGUAUCCUUUCUUCAAAGCAAGAGAUGACAUGGAUGCUUUGGCUCAACUUGUUGCUUUGUUUGGAACUGAGAAAAUUAAAAAUAUGGCAAAUGAAAUUGGUAAAGAUUUUAUUUCUUCACCUGUUAUUGAGAAAGUUGACGAUUUAAAAACACUUUGUCGGAAAUUGUCGCAAAGAGUGUGUUCGGUUCAUGACAAACAAACCGACUCCAGUCAUCGCAGAAGCAAACGAAAACGUAAAAACGAAGAAAACGAAUCGACGUAUUCGCCUGUAAAGAACACCAAGAGACCGUUAAAUAACACAUCGGCGCCAAGCUUAUAUAACAACGAUACAAUUCAGUCAGAUAUAAUUAAAUGCAGGAAUUUAUCGAACGCCAGCAGGGACAGUGUGACCAUGGAUCUCUCAAUUAACAAUACAUGUGAGAAAUGUAGUUGGGAGAAUUCUUGUUGUGAACACAAAGAAGAAAGUUCAAUGAUAUGUACUUGCUUACCAGACUCUUCUUACGAUUUACUAGAAAAACUUUUGGAGUUGAAUCCGCACAAACGAAUCACUGCAGCAGAAGCCUUAAAGCAUUCUUUCAUCAAGAGCAGGUAGCAUAACCUGUUAAAAUUUGUCCUAAACUUAGCCUGGAUUCUCACCUGUACAUAAGACCGAAAAACUGUAAAUUUGACUCGCUCAUUGAUCUUAUCUUUUGUUCAUCUUUAAUUGUAUAUGACUGUGCUUUGAUUUUUGGAUAGAAUGCUCUAAUAAACUUAACUUCAUAUGCAUGAGUGAUUUUUAACGGACGCAAUUCAAGAAGAAUCUGAAUCUUGUGUUACUUUAGAAAUCUUAAACGUGACUUCAAAUUUUUACUUUUUAAUCAAUGUUUUGUUCUGUACCAUGUUUCAACGUGAAGACGAUAUUUUAUAUGUUAGUUAUUUUUUUAUA